AUGUCUAACAACCCAUCUAAUAUAAUAUCAGACAUAGGAUCAACUAGUGUUGUAGUAAAACCGCUAAAGGUCGGGAGUAACCAGUUUAAAUGCAGCCAGUCGGAGAAUAAAUUGAAAAUCGCCAGUAAGGGAAUCAAAGAGAAGAUAGUGAGCAAAGUGAGGUCUUGGAGCUGCAGGGAAAAAUUCCACAUAAAUGUUAACGCUGACGUCGACUCGCACCUUUUGAAGAACCAGAAAGUCGAGGAUACCGAAACCGAAUCGAUGGAGAACAUAGCGGAUUCGAAUCUGACGCGCGCCCGCGACAGCCUGGAGAACCUGCUGAAGGAGGAGGUGCAGAAGAGCGACGAGUUCAAGAGCCGCUCGACGUCGUCGACCGGCGGGGACUUGAAGAAGAACGCGCGCGCGCCCGAAGCGCCGAAAUCGUCGCCGGACACGUCGAAGACCGCCGGCAAGCACACCAUCUGGGAUCCGUUCGACAAGAAGAGCAGGAAGAAUCGCAAGGAGCAGGGCAGGAAGAAGAAGAACAAGAAGCACAACGUCGAGCAACCCAAACAGGAGUGCUCGACGAUGCACAUGGAAGGAAAAUCGUGCUUGGUGAAGCAGCGCGAGGAGAAUAAAGAGACCGCCGACGAUACUGAAACGCUCGAUGACGAGUAUAUUUAUAAGUACAAAUAUUUUCCGAAAAAUAGUAAAUCCGUUGUUUUUACGAACGAAGUGUUUGUGGUGUACUUUAAUGGUAACGACGUUUUCGAGUCGAGAGAGCCCUUAAAAAAAGACGUCGAACAACAAGAGAGGAAUAAGGAAAUGAGGCAAGGCCAUUUACUUCGGACUCAAGAAAAAUAUAACCUAUGUCUUUAUUAA